AUGCCUUAUGGAGAAUGGAGGGCUAUUGAGGUGAAGAACAGUGUUUGCCACAAUCCGGACCACAAUUUCCGUGUUUGCAGUACCUGGGGAAAUUACCACUUUAAAACCUUUGAUGGUGAUGUUUAUUAUUUCCCUGGAACCUGCAAUUAUGUCUUUGCUUCCCAAUGUUUGAGUGCUUAUGAGGAAUUCAACAUCCAGAUGAGACGUUCCAUUAUCGAUGGUCUUCCAAGGAUCACUCAAAUUGUCUUGAAAAUUGAUGGAUCAGUAAUCAAAGUAUUGAAUUCAAUUAUUUCAGUGGAUGAUAAUGUUGUGACACCACCUCACAGUCGUUCUGGGAUCAUGAUUGAGAAAGUCAGCAAUUACACCCGUCUCACUGCAAAGAUUGGCCUGAGUCUCAUGUGGAAUGGAUAUGAUGCCCUCAUGCUUGAACUAGGCCAGCCGUUUGUCAAUACAACAUGCGGGCUGUGUGGUGAUUUCAAUGGCAUACGUGAUAACGAAUUUUUUUCAAAUGGGUAUCACCUGACUCCUAUCCAGUAUGGAAACUUACAGAAGCUGAAUGGUCCCAAGGAGCAUUGCAAAGAUAUAUCUUCACCUGAUAAUGUCAAAAAUUGUUCAAAAUUUGAAUACAUGUGCGAAAGAGCACUCACAGAGCCAGGUUUUUCCAACUGUCAUGAAGUCUUAGAUUUAGCUCCUUUUAUCAAGAGCUGCAUGCUGGACUUUUGCCUGUGCAAGGAUUUAGAAAAGCCGUCAUCCUGUAUCUGUGAUACCUUAUCAGAAUUUUCUAGACAGUGUGCCCACGUUGGAGGUAAACCCAGCAACUGGAGAAGGAAAGGAUUGUGCGAAGAGACAUGCCAGCUUAAUAUGAUCUACCAAGAGUGCGGUAUUCCAUGUGUAGAUACUUGCUCAAAUCCUGACCGGAGCCAGAUGUGUGAAGACCACUGCAUUGAUGGCUGCUUCUGCGCUCCUAAUACUGUCCUUGAUGACAUUUCCAACUCUGGAUGCAUUCCAAAAGAACAGUGUCCCUGUACUCACAAUAGCGUAUCUUAUGCACCUGGAGCAUCUUAUUCCACCAAAUGCAGUAAAUGCAUUUGUAAUGGAGGACAGUGGUCUUGUGCUGAUCUACCCUGCCCUGCGAUCUGUUCCAUUGAGGGAGGAGCUCACAUUAAUACAUUUGAUGAAAGCUAUUACACAUUCCACGGGAGGUGUCAUUAUGUACUUACUAAGGACUGCAGACAUAAUUUUUUCACUGUCCUAGGAGAGCUGCAGCAAUGUGGCAUUACUGAUUCGGAAACAUGCUUAAAGUCAGUAACACUUUUAGUAAGUAUGGGUGCUUUGUUUUUACAGGUCAUCACUAUUAAUCCCAGUGGCAGCGUCUCCAUCAAUGGAAUCUUUACACAGUUGCCUGUAACCACCACCAAUGUCACUAUAUUCAAGCCUUCAAAUUUCCAUGUCAUCUUCCACACUACUUUUGGGCUGCAGCUCCUGGUACAGUUAGUGCCUUUAAUGCAACUCUACAUAACACUGGAUUCUGCCUUCAAGAACCGGAUGUGCGGUCUCUGUGGAAACUUCAACAAUGUACUGAAUGAUGAAUUUAAAAUAGUCAAUGGCCUUGUGGAAGGAACACCUGCUGCCUUUGCAAAUACCUGGAAGACCAAAGCUAGAUGCCCAGACAGAAAAGAUAUUCAUGAAAAUCCUUGCUCCCUCAGUGUUGAAAAUGAUAAGUACGCUAAGCAUUGGUGUGGCCUGCUAAUCGCUGAUGACUCUGCAUUUUCUCAAUGCCAUUCGCAUAUCAAUCCCAAUCAAUUCUAUGAGCAAUGUAAAUAUGACAGCUGCAACAGUGAAAAGAGUGAGGAUUACAUGUGUGCUGCCCUCUCAUCAUAUGUUCAGGCUUGUGCAUCUAAAGGCAUCAUUAUUUCAAACUGGAGAGCUAAUGUAUGCUCCAAAUACACUAUCUGUCCCAAGACUCUGGUCUACAGCUACAAUAUGACAAGCUGCCAUCAUACUUGCCAGACCCUAGGAGCACCAGAUAAAACAUGUGAGAUUGACUUUGUGCCAGUGGAUGGAUGUGGUUGUGCUGAUGGGACCUACAUGGAGGACACUGGUAAAUGUGUACCACGCUCCAAUUGUCCAUGCUACCACAGGGGGUCGGUAGUGCCAGCAGGAGAGGUCAUCCAUGAGGAGGAUGCCCUGUGUACCUGCAAUCAAGGGAAGCUAGAGUGUAUUGGAAAAGAGCUAAAACCUCAAGCUUGUGUUGCUCCCAUGGUUUACUUUGACUGCAGUAAUGCUUCAGCCGAAAGCACUGGCACAGAAUGUGAGAAGAGCUGCCAAACCCUUGACAUGGAGUGUUAUGCCACAGGUUGUACCUCUGGAUGUGAGUGUCCUGAAGGUUUAGUUUCUGAUGAAAGUGGUGGCUGUAUUCCUGUAAGUCAGUGCCCGUGUACACAUAAUGGCAUCCAAUACCGCUCUGGUGACAUUGUACAGGUGGACUGUAACUCAUGUCAAUGUAAGAACAGAUUGUGGACCUGCACAGAACAACAAUGUCAUGGAACAUGUAUGGCUUAUGGAGAUGGGAAUUACAUCACUUUUGAUGGAAAACGCUACAAUUUUGACGGAGACUGUGAAUAUAUUGUUGCACAGGAUUAUUGUGGAAAUAUGACUUCCAAUGGCACCUUCAGGAUAAUCACUGAAAACAUCCCUUGUGGGACCACGGGUACAACAUGCUCUAAAUCAAUCAAAAUCUUUCUGGGGAACUUUGAAAUAAAACUCUCAGAUGGAAAGGUUGAAGUGGUGAAACUUAGUAGCAGAAAACACAUUCCAUAUGAAGUGCGUUAUCUUGGCAUUUACCUUGUAAUUGAAAUGAAAAAUGGACUGGUAUUGAUCUGGGACAAAAAAACAAGCUUGACUAUUAAACUCAGUCACUCCUUUAAGGGUACCAUCUGUGGAUUGUGUGGAAAUUAUGAUGGCAAUGUACACAAUGACUUUACCACUAGAAACCAGUUGGUGGUUGUAAACGCGGAGGAGUUUGGAAACAGCUGGAAGGUGUCACCGUCCUGCACAAAUGUAAAGAAAAACAAAUACCCUUGUUCAGUUAACACCCAUCGAGAUGCAUGGGCUCAGAAACAGUGCAGCAUUAUCAAGAAUGGACCAUUCAAAGCUUGUAAUGUUCAGAUCAACCCAGCCCCAUAUUAUGAGGCUUGUGUGCGUGAUGCAUGUGCCUGUGACACUGGUGGAGAUUGUGAAUGUUUGUGUACAGCUAUAGCUGCUUACUCUUUGGCCUGCAGCAUGGUUGGGGUGUGCAUUUCAUGGAGAAGCCCUGAAGUUUGUCCUCUGUUUUGUGAUUACUACAAUCCUCAUGAUGAAUGCAGAUGGCACUAUGCACCAUGUGGAAUUUCCUGCCUGAAAACCUGUCGAAAUCCUGGUGGAGCAUGUUCCAAGAUUAUCCCCAAGCUUGAAGGUUGCUAUCCAGACUGCCCUGCUGAAAAACCAAUUUUGGACGAGGAAAGGAUGAAAUGCGUUAAGUUGGAUCACUGUCCUUGUUAUCUAAAUGGAAAUCAUUACGAGCCAGGUCAUACUGUGCCAAGCACUCAGAACUGUGAAUCAUGCAAAUGUAUUAACAGUGAAGUACGGUGCACCUAUGACAAAUUGGUCAUGGUUACAUUUUCCAUCUGUAAAAAUGCCUUAGCAACCUCCAAAACCAUUUCGAAUUCAAACCCAUAUACUAUACCUCACAGCAACUCCAAUUCCUUUGUCCAAACAAAGCCAGCCAACAUCAGCUACUUCCUCAGCAACAACAACAACAGUCACCCCUACAACAACAUUAGCAUCGACUACAUCCUCAGCAACAACAGCAGCCAUCCCUACUACAACAUCAAAAUCACCUACUUCCUCAUCAACAGCAACUACAACAGUCAUUCCUAUAACAACAGCAUCAUCGACUAUUUCCUUACCAACAACAUCAAGAACAGUCAUACCCAUAACGACAUCAACAUCGGCGACUUCCUCACCAACAACAUCAACAACAGUCGAAGUUACAACAUCAACAUCGAUGACUUCCUCACCUAUAACAUCAACAGUCAUUCCUGGAACAACAACAACAUUGAUGACUUCCUCCCCGAUAACAUCAACAAGAUUCAUCCCUACAACAACAUCAACUUUGAUGGCUUCCUCACAAACAACACCAACAACAAUCAUCCCUACAACAACAUCAACAUUGGUGACUUCCUCACCAACAACAUCAACAACAGUCAUCCCAACAACAUCAGCAUUGACUACUUCCUCACCAACAACAUCAACAACAGUCAUCCCUACAACAAUAUCAACAAAGGCAACUUCCUCACCAACAUCAACAACAGUCAUCCCUACAACAUCAACAUUGACGCCUUCCUCACCAAUGACAUCAACAGUCAUCCCUACAACAAAAUCAAUAUUGACUACUUCCUCACCAACAACAUCAACAACAAUCAUCCCUACAACAACAACAUUGAUUACAUCCUCACCAACAUCAUCAACAACAGUCAGCCCUACAUCAACAUCAACUACUUCCUCGCCAACAGCAUCAACAGUUCUCCCUACAACAACAUCAACUACAUCCUCACCAACAACAGUCACUCCCUCAACAGCAGCAAUAUCGACUACCUUCUCAGCAUCAACAACAUCCCCAUCACUACUACAACUCCUCCUGUGUCAGCACCAUUCAAGCUAACAGAAACAUCAACGACAACAACCACUACACCGAAGACAAUAACCACUGAAACCACAUCAGAACACAGCCAAACAACAUCAACCACUUCAUCAACAACAACUGUCACCCCAACAACCACUGCAACACCGACUACUUCCUCACCAACAGCAUCAACAACAAUCAUCCCUGCAACAACAUCAACAUUGACUACUGCCUCACCAACAUCAACAACAGUCAUUCCUACGACAUCAACAUUGACUACUUCCUCACCAACAACAUCAACAACAGCCAUCCCUACAACAUCAACUUUGGCUACUUCCUCACCAACAAUAUCAACAACAGUCAGCCCUACAUCCGCAUCAAAACUGCCUACCUCCUCACUAACAUCAACAUCAACUAACUCCUCACCAACAUCAACAACAGUCAUCCUUACAAAAAUAUCAACAUCGACGCCUACCUCACCAACAACAUCAACAGCAGCCAUCCCUACAACAACAUCAACAUCAACGCCUUCCUCAUCAACAACAGUCAUCCCUACAACAGCAUCGACAUUGACUGCUUCCUCAUCAACAACAUCAACAACAGUCAGCACUAUAUCAAUAUUGGCUACUUCCUCACCAAUAACAUCAACAACAGUUAGCCCGACAUCAACAUCAACUACUUCCUCGCCAACAACAUCAAUAGUUCUCCCCACAACAAUAUCAACUACAUCUUCACCAACAACAGUCACUCCCUCAACAGCAACAAUAUUGACUACCUUCUCAGCAUCAACAACAGUUACCCCGACGACUGCAGCAACAUCAACUACUUCUUCAAAAUCAACAACCACUAUCACCCCUACAGCCUCUAUUCUGAAUAAAACAGUCCCCAUCACUACUACAACUCCUCCUGUGUCAGCACCAUUCAAGCUAACAGAAACAUCAACGACAACAACCACUACACCGAAGACAAUAACCACUGAAACCACAUCAGAACACAGCCAAACAACAUCAACUACUUCAUCAACAACAACUGUCACCCCAACAACCACUGCAAUACCGACUACUUCCUCACCAACAGCAUCAACAGCAAUCAUCCCUGCAACAACAUCAACAUUGACUACUGCCUCACCAACAUCAACAACAGUCAUCCCUACGACAUCAACAUUGACUACUUCCUCACCAACAACAUCAACAACAGCCAUCCCUACAACAUCAACAUUGGCUACUUCCUCACCAACAAUAUCAACAACAGCCAUCCCUACAACAUCAACAUUGGCUACUUCCUCACCAACAAUAUCAACAACAGCCACCCCUACAACAUCAACAUUGACUACUUCCUCACCAACAACAUCAACAACAGCCAUCCCUACAACAUCAACUUUGGCUACUUCCUCACCAACAACAUCAACUACUUCAUCAACAACAACUGUCGCCCCAACAACCACUGAAACACUGACUAUUUCCUCACCAACAACAUCAACAACAAUCACCCCUACAACAGCAGCUUGCUUAUGCAGAGUAAAUGGGCAAACACUGUCACCUGGCCAGGCUAUAGUAAGUUCUGCAAAUAAAUCUGGCCUCUGUAAUUUCACUCUAUGUACUAAGAGUUGUGAAAUUUUGAAGUACACGGGAAAAUGUGAAACCACCACUGUGCCCACCACUACACUGGAAUCUACAACAACAGUAACAGUAACUCCCACAACUACAAAAACAACAACAUGCUCCUGUACAGCCAAUGGACAAAUAUUAUCACCUGGCCAGGCCAUAGUAAGUUCUGCAGGUAAAUCCGGCCUCUGUAAUUUCACUCUAUGUACUACGAGUUGUGAAAUUUUGAAGUACACGGGAAAAUGUGAAACCACCACUGUGCCCAGCACUACACUGGAAUCUACAACAACAGUAACGGUAACUCCCACUACUACAGAAAAAACAACAUGCUCCUGUACAGCCAAUGGACAAAUAUUAUCAGCCGGCCAGGCUAUUGUAAGUUCUGCAGGUAAAUCUGGCCUCUGCAAUUUCACUCUAUGUACUAAGAGUUGUGAAAUCUUGAAGUACACGGGAAAAUGUGAAACCACCACAGCACCCAGCACUACACUAGAAUCUACAACAACAGUAACAGUGACUCCCACCACUACAGAAACAACAACAUGCUCCUGUGCAGCCAAUGGACAAAUAUUAUCACCCGGCCAGGCUAUUGUAAGUUCUGCAGGUAAAUCUGGCCUCUGUAAUUUCACUCUAUGUACUAAGAGUUGUGAAAUUUUGAAGUACACGGGAAAAUGUGAAACCACCACAGCGCCCAGCACUACACUAGAAUCUACAACAACAGUAACAGUGACUCCCACCACUACAGAAACAACAACAACAACAGUAACAGUAACUCCCACCACUACAGAAACAACAACAUGCUCCUGUACAGCCAAUGGACAAAUAUUAUCACCCGGCCAGGCUAUUGUAAGUUCUGCAGGUAAAUCUGGCCUCUGUAAUUUCACUCUAUGUACUAAGAGUUGUGAAAUUUUGAAGUACACGGGAAAAUGUGAAACCACCACGGCGCCCAGCACUACACUAGAAUCUACAACAACAGUAACAGUGACUCCCACCACUACAGAAACAACAACAUGCUCCUUAACUCCCACCACUACAGAAACAACAACAUGCUCCUGUACAGCCAAUGGACAAAUAUUAUCACCCGGCCAGGCUAUUGUAAGUUCUGCAGGUAAAUCUGGCCUCUGUAAUUUCACUCUAUGUACUAAGAGUUGUGAAAUUUUGAAGUACACGGGAAAAUGUGAAACCACCACGGCGCCCAGCACUACACUAGAAUCUACAACAACAGUAACAGUGACUCCCACCACUACAGAAACAACAACAUGCUCCUGUACAGCCAAUGGACAAAUAUUAUCACCCGGCCAGGCCAUAGUAAGUUCUGCAGGUAAAUCCGGCCUCUGUAAUUUCACUCUAUGUACUACGAGUUGUGAAAUUUUGAAGUACACGGGAAAAUGUGAAACCACCACUGUGCCCACCACUACACUGGAAUCUACAACAACAGUAACAGUAACUCCCACCACUACAGAAACAACAACAUGCUCCUUGACUCCCACUACUACAGAAACAACAACAUGCUCCUGUACAGCCAAUGGACAAAUAUUAUCACCCGGCCAGGCUAUUGUAAGUUCUGCAGGUAAAUCUGGCCUCUGUAAUUUCACUCUAUGUACUAAGAGUUGUGAAAUUUUGAAGUACACGGGAAAAUGUGAAACCACCACGGCGCCCAGCACUACACUAGAAUCUACAACAACAGUAACAGUGACUCCCACCACUACAGAAACAACAACAUGCUCCUGUACAGCCAAUGGACAAAUAUUAUCACCCGGGCAGGCUAUAGUGAGUUCUGCAGGUAAAUCCGGCCUCUGUAAUUUCACUCUAUGUACUAAGAGUUGUGAAAUUUUGAAGUACACGGGAAAAUGUGAAACCACUACAGUGCCCACCACUACACUCGAAUCUACAACAACAGUAACAGUGACUCCCACUACUACAGAAACAACAACAUGCUCCUGUACAGCCAAUGGACAAAGAUUAUCACCCGGCCAGGCUAUUGUAAGUUCUGCAGGUAAAUCUGGCCUCUGUAUUUUCACACUAUGUACUAAGAGUUGUGAAAUUUUGAAGUACACGGGAAAAUGUGAAACCACCACAGCGCCCAGCACUACACUAGAAUCUACAGCAACAGUAACAGUGACUCCCACCACUACAGAAACAACAACAUGCUCCUGUACAGCCAAUGGACAAAUAUUAUCACCCGGAGAGACAAUAUACAAUACCACAGACAAAGCAGGCUGGUGUUUUUAUGCACUUUGUUCUGACAACUGUAAAAUUAUGAAGCACAUGGAACCAUGUAAGAACAUCACAUUAUCUCAACCAACCACACAGACAUCCACAGUAAUGACUGCACCACCUAAAGGUUGCUCAGCUCUGCAACCUUCAAGAGCCGUGAAUGAAAUUUGGAAGCUUGAUAAUUGUACAAUGGGAAUCUGUACAGGAAACAACACUGUUUCAGUGAUACCACUGAAAUGUCCACAUGUUAAGUCGGUUACAUGUCAAAGCGGGUUGCAACCCAAAAGAAUUUAUGACCAAUCUGGCUGCUGCUAUCAUUAUGAGUGUGACUGUGUGUGUGCUGGAUGGGGAGGCAGCCACUACCUUACCUUUGAUGGAACUGAUUACACAUUCCAAGGAAACUGCACUUACAUACUGGUGCAGCAGAUCAAAGAAAUAAUCAAAGGCUUCAAGAUUAUCAUCGAUGACUACUCCUGUGAUGCUGAGAAAGAGCUGCCAUGCUCCAAAGCCAUCAUAGUAUUCUACAAAUCUUCAGUAAUAACACUGAUUCAGACGACUGUCAAUGAUACAGUGAAAAUCAAGCAGAUCAAAGAAAUAAUCAAAGGCUUCAAGAUUAUCAUCGAUGACUACUCCUGUGAUGCUGAGAAAGAGCUGCCAUGCUCCAAAGCCAUCAUAGUAUUCUACAAAUCUUCAGUAAUAACACUGAUUCAGACGACUGUCAAUGAUACAGUGAAAAUCAAGGCACUGGUCAAUGGAAAGGAGAUUAUACCACCUUAUUACCAUGACGGGAUAAGAAUCAGUUCCUCAGGGAUCGCAGUAAAGGCUGAAAUUAUUGCCAUUAAUUCCACCGUUACUUUUAAUGGCAAGGACUUUACAAUAGACAUCCCCUACAAGAUCUUUGGGAAAAAUGUUGAAGGACAGUGUGGUACCUGUACAAAUAGCAAGAAAGAUGACUGCACAUUGCCUGACGGAACAGUCAUAUCAUCCUGCUUUCAUUCAGCACCAUUCUGGCACACGAAGAACAAGAAGAAACCACACUGUGAAACCAGGCCCUUAACCACAACCCCACCGCCAAUACAUCAUUCGACUCCCCCACGUAUGGAAACCACAACCCUUAUGCCAACCGUGCCAACCACGCCUUGUGCAGCAUCAGAUAUUUGCAAGAUCAUUUUGGGCCCUGCCUUUUCAAAAUGCCAUGAUAUAGUCCUUCCAAAGCCAUACUAUGAAGCAUGUGUACGUGAUGGCUGCCACAACCGGAAUAAAACAAUAAUAUGUUCCAGUUUAGAAAUCUAUUCUAAAAUAUGCCAAUCUAAAGGAGAUAUCUGUGUCAACUGGCGAGAGCAUACCAACGGAUCUUGUCAAUAUCACUGCCCUGCAACGAUGGAAUAUAAAUCAUGUGAGUCAAAGGAACAGCCUACUUGCAGUUCAAGGUAUACUGACAAAAAUGCCCCUAUUCUCAAGAGUGGUCAUAAUGAAGGCUGUUUUUGCCCAGCUGGGAAGAUCCUUUUUGCACCAUUAGACAUCUGUGUGGACAUCUGUGAGUGCAUCGGGCCCGAUGGGAAGCCAAGACAGAUUGGUGAAACGUGGUCAAGCAAUUGCCAGGAUUGUUUCUGCAAUAAUGCAACAUUAAGCAUUAUCUGUAAACCCCGUAAAUGCCCAACAUUGCCACCAGUAAGAUGCAAAGGCCCCGGUCUUGUGCCAGUAGCUGAUAGAAGCCAAAGUGAACCAUGCUGUACAAAAAUCCAGUGUGCAUGUAAUGUCACCUCCUGUCCUACUGUGGAAUUUGAUUGCAAACCUGGAUACGAACCAGUGCUCCAUGUUGAUAAAGGUGAAUGUUGCCCAGAUUAUACAUGUGAGCCAAAGCCAGUUUGUGUGAACAAUGGCACAGAGUACAAGCCAGGAAUGACUAUCCCUCAGGGCCCAUGUGAGAAUUGUAAAUGUACCAAUAAAACUGAUUCAUCAACCAAGCAUAAAACUAUUGAGUGUACUGCCAUCAAGUGUGAUUCUCACUGUCCACUGGGCUUUAAAUAUAAGAAGGUGGAAGGACAAUGUUGUGGAAAUUGUACGCAGGUUGACUGUAUAAUUGAGUUACCAAAUGGGCAGCCAAUAAUCCUACAGCCUGGAGCUGCAACACCAGAUCCAAGGAACAACUGCACUAAAUAUGAAUGUGAGAAAAUAAGAUCUCAAUUAACUUCAAUAAUUCAUAGUAAAUGGUGCCCACAGCUGGAUCAUAAUAACUGUGAGCCUGGAACGAUACACAUGGACUUGGAUGGUUGUUGUCAGACAUGUAUUCCAAAGGCAUGUACCGUUACACAAACCACAACCUACAUCAACCACCACGGAUGUCGAUCUAAACAAAAAGUACCAAUUACUUAUUGUGAAGGAUACUGUAAGAGCAAUAGUGUGUAUUCUGCUGAAACAAAUACGAUGUUACAUAACUGCACAUGCUGUCAGGAGUUAGCAGUUGGCAAGCAGGAUAUCAUGUUACUUUGUCCAGAUGGCACGGCGAUUGACUUCACCUACACCUAUGUAAAGAGUUGCGGCUGUGUAGCUGCAAAAUGUGGAGAAGGCACCAAGCAGUUGUUGGAGCCUCCAGCCCAUUAGGUGGCCCCUAACAAACUGAAGAACAAAGUUUAGAAAAUAUGGGGAUCUCAGGAACCCACAUAAAUGGGGAUCAUCAUCAUAUCUUUCAAUAGAAAUUUAAGACGUGCUACUAUAAGCAUAAAUGCCAAGGACAUGGUCUCUACCUUCUUUAAAGUAAACAUUACUAUGUAUUUUUUUUCAUUAUUUCAUCUUCUUGUGAUCAAUUCUAAAGGGCCCCACUUAGAAAUUAAACAUUUACUUCAUCUUCUGUGGAAAAGAUAUCAGCCUGCUGAACAACAUGAUAACACUGCUGAUCACAGCGUACAAUUAUGCAGUUACAUGAAAAAACAGCAACCUGCACUUUCUGGUCUUUAUAGUCUGUAUCUUACUUUGAUAGCAGUGUGUCGAGCUGUUGCUUUGUAAAGAAAAUAUACAUGUGCUCAGAACCGCAGAAAAGCUAGAAAAGCAAGAUUUGCACAGCUAUGAUGGCAAAUGUCAGUUUCCAGCAACACUGCAUGCAGCUCCCAUCUUUAUAAAUUGCUUUAGCUUUCUCCUCGAGAUGAAGCUGCUCAUUCCCAUGAGGACCAUAUAUCUACAUGGCUCACAAUUUAUAACUGUCCCUUCAGGUUGCUGGUGUAUAAAGUCUCAUCUAAGCCAUGCUUUUCAUGCUUGGUAUUUCUGUGUGCAUUCUGAUUACACAUAAACCUUUUUUCUUUGAGUUUUACUGUGAGCUCUUCUAUUUGUCCCAAUAAUAAAAGGAAAUCAACUGGAUUUGUUGAAUUGAGUUGUUUUAACUCUGUGACUCCAGACCCUACAAUCUAUUCAG